UGCCUGAGUGUAAUAGGAGGAGGAAAGGCAGGAUUGUCCCUGCCUGCGUCUCAAGGAGAGAGUGUUUUUUUAAGAGGACAACUCUGCCUCUGUGUGAGCGCACCCCGAUUUGGAAUACCCGCUGCGUGAGUGAAGGACAAACCUCCUUGACCAAGACGAGGGGACGAGGAUCCCUGUGUGUGUGUGGGUGUGAGAGAGUACCGUACACACAUGUGUACAGGCCUUGGCUCCCUUCCAAUCCUUCUGUAACCUCCAGCUCUUCUGUAACCUCCAGCUGCGCCGUGGUGGGCUUGCGCUGCGGUAUUUACGGUAAGGUGGACUCUACGGCGGUGGCGGGUCCGUGUCAGGUGAUCUGAGGCGAGGAGCCGCUGGUGCUGCCGCCCAGCCGACACCACUGCCGCUAGCCCUGAGGAAGAGGAGGCGAAGGCGGAGGAAGAGGGAAGGAAAAUGCAAAAUGGCCCAGCAGCUGCAGCGGCGGCGGGGCUGUGAGGAGGGGCUGCCUGGCGCACCCUCCGCGGCCCUGAGGCGCGGGGACAACGGCGAGCGCUGAGAGUCGCUGCCUUCUAGCCGCCAGCCUAGACGCGCGCCGAGCCUGCCCGUCCUCCGGAGGGGCAGGAAGACAUGGGGCUCUGCUAUAGCCUCCGUCCGAGGCUCUUCGGCGAAUCCGGAGGCGGCUCCAUCUCCAGCGCCGCCGCCACUACCUCAGAGACCGAGCAACAGCCAUCGCCGCCACCGCCCACGGCGGAGCCCGUGGCCCGGCCGCAGACACUGUCCGGAGUCCAGGCCGGCGGGGGAAGAGGAAGGAGCUCGGGGAAAGGCGGCGGCGGCGGCGGCAUCACCAACAGCAGCAUCUGCAGCAGCAGCGGGGAGGCGGAAGGCGCCGGCGGGAUGCCACGCGUGGGGGAGGUGGACGGGCCGCUGCUGCUCCUACAGAACGGAGGGGGGAACGGGGCGGCUCCCCCGAAGAAAGAGAAGGGGCAGCAGCAGCAUGGGCCGUCGCCGCCACCAGUGCCGGCGCCUCAGGCCAAGCCGGGCUCUGGCUCCACCGCCAAGCAACAGCCUCUGGCGCUGCAGAGACCAUGGGAAAAGCUGCGCCUGGAGGAGCGGGAGGCGGAGAAGGAGGCAAGGCGAGUCAGCAAGAACAUCGACCGGGCGCUCAAGGAGCAGAAGAGGGAAUAUAAGCAAACGCACCGCCUGCUCCUGCUGGGGGCUGGUGAGUCAGGAAAAAGCACUAUUGUCAAGCAAAUGAAGAUCUUGCAUGUAAAUGGAUUUAAUUCAGAAGAAAAGAAACAGAAAAUUCUGGAUAUUCGGAAAAAUGUAAAAGAUGCAAUUGUGACCAUAGUUUCAGCAAUGAGCACUUUAAUACCUCCAGUUCCAUUGGCCAACCAAGAAAACCAAUUCCGAGCGGACUAUAUCAAGAGUAUAGCUCCACUUUCUGACUUUGACUACACCCAGGAAUUCUUUGAACAUGCAAAAAAGCUCUGGGACGACGAAGGAGUAAAGGCAUGCUUCGAGAGAUCAAAUGAAUACCAGUUGAUUGAUUGUGCACAAUACUUUCUAGAAAGAAUAGACAGUGUCAGUAUGCUUGAUUACACACCCACAGAUCAGGAUCUUUUGAGAUGCAGGGUUUUGACAUCUGGGAUUUUUGAGACAAGAUUCCAAGUGGAUAAAGUAAACUUUCACAUGUUUGAUGUAGGCGGUCAGAGAGACGAAAGGAGAAAAUGGAUCCAGUGUUUUAACGAUGUCACGGCUAUUAUCUUUGUUGCGGCCUGUAGCAGCUACAACAUGGUCAUAAGGGAAGACAACAACACAAACAGAUUACGGGAGUCCCUGGACCUCUUCAAAAGUAUCUGGAACAACAGGUGGUUACGGACAAUUUCUAUCAUUUUGUUUUUGAAUAAACAAGAUAUGCUGGCUGAAAAAGUCUUGGCAGGAAAGUCUAAAAUUGAAGAUUAUUUUCCUGAAUUUGUACGUUAUACAGUACCUGAAGAUGCAACACCAGAUGCAGGAGAAGAUCCCAAAGUUACAAGAGCAAAGUUUUUUAUCCGGGAUGAAUUUUUAAGAAUAAGCACGGCAACUGGAGACGGAAAGCAUUACUGCUACCCACACUUUACAUGUGCAAUUGACACAGAAAACAUCCGCAGAGUGUUCAACGACUGUAGAGACAUCAUUCAAAGAAUGCAUCUUCGGCAGUAUGAACUAUUGUAAUUAAGAACACCACGGAGCCUGUGAUUUUAAACAUCAUCUUUCUUUCUAGACUUCCUCAUGUGGAAGUAGAGGAAGAUACUAUAUAGAUGAGUCUGCCUCCUCAGUUUGUUUACUUUGAUUAGCCUUUCAGCCCAGUUCAUGCUUUAGGGGACAAUAUGUGUGCUUUAUUUUUAUAUGCUACUUCUUUGUCAUUCCACUAAGGCCUUUGGCUACCUCUGUUUCUUAGGUUUGGUUUCAUUUUUGUUUUGUUUUGAAUUGGACAUAGCCUGCUAAAAAAAUUUUCUGCAGGCUUACUUGUUCAAGCUGGUAUCUGCCAGGUGGGUGACAUCAUGUCAUACCUAUAGUGUGCGUGGGUUCCUUUUCUACCGUGAUACUGAAGAGUACUUGAUCGAUAUGGGGGAAAGAAUAAUGCACUUUGUUUUAGGGUUGUGAAAUACUGUUGAGGAUAUAUUCAUGUGUGAUGUAGCACCACAAUAUUUAUUACAGUGAUAGCUUUUAACAUAAUUGAGUUGCAGGUCAACUGAUGAAGUGACCUCCUCUUCUAAGCCAUUAUUGGCAAAGGAAAUAGACUAGAUAAUGAGGCACAGGGAAGAUGAGCAAUUUUUCUGAAGGUUUGGAGCUAAGAGUCUCUACGCACCUCAGGCAUUCAGAGCUACUUUUUCAGCCUAUUGCAUCUAGGCAGAAAAUUCACCCUCACGUUGUUUCUUCUGUCCACAAAUGAUCCAACUACUUUAGAUCAUUUUUGGACAGCAGUCUUCUCCCUAUAUAUAACAUAUAUAUAUAUUAUUUUUGUUUUACUGCUGGUUUAUUAUUAUAUUGUACAGACUGUAAAGUGUAAUAUUAUUUUGUACAAUUUUAUUGAAGAUAAAUACUUGUAGAAGAUCUUUGUGCCUUGAUUAUGGCUGUACCUGUAAAAUGAGCUAAGAUGUAAGUAUGUUUUUGAUUGCGCUGUACAGCUUGAUGUCAACUUUACCUGCAGCAGUGACUGAAGGUAAAAAACUUCUCUGUAGAGUUUAGGGUUUUUUCUGGUUUAUAUAAAAAGAGAUGCUCUUUAGUAUAAAAAAUAUAAAUUAUGCAAAUUUUAGUCAUUUACCUUUGAAAGUAAGUUAUUACUACCACCAGAUGUUGCAGCUAACAUGCCUUUCACAGUCUUAGCUUUAAAACACUGAAAUUGAUUCAAGUAUCCAGAUUGCAACCUGGUGUUUUCAUGGGAACCAAGGAUUUUGUUUUACCUUUAAAAAACUAUAUUCAGUAAUUCUUUGGUCAUUCAUAGACAGUUUCACAAUUGCACAGAUUGUGAAUGCGUAAAAGCACCAUUAGAUAAAGGCUCUUCAAUCUUUGUUGCAACAGCCACUUUCAUUGUGCUAAUUGGAAGAAAGAAGAAAAGAUAUAACCCUUUUGUCUGGCCUAAGAGAAUUACAAGGUGACAUUUUUAUUUCUCUUAAUAAAGAGACCUUAGAAAAUGGUUUUAUUUUAAAUAUUGUAGAAUCACAAUGUGUGAAUAUUUUUCAAACUUGAAUAAUUUAUGCAAAUGACAUUCACAAAAUAAGUUGUGGUACAGUAUAAUAUAAAAGCAAGAAUUGCAGUAGCAAUAAGGCAUGUCCUUCUCCGUACUAUAACAUUGCUUUUAUAUUUUAUACAUAGGUGUUAUGUCAGAGUACAUAGUCUCCUGUGUCCAAGAUAACCUGUACAAACGUUUAAAAAUUGUAAUUGCAAUAAGAAAAUUUAGAAGUGUUAGCCUACAUACCUUCAUAGAUUAUGUAUCACUUGGAUUAUCUUCAUCCUUUGCUUUAAAUUUAAAGACAAAUUACUCCUUGAACUAUUUUCAGCCACACAAUGUGAAUCAUUUUUUAAAUGACUAGCAUGUUUGUUGUUUAUGUAAGCUCAGACCACUUUUCCCGACAACUGGGCAGACAAGUUGUGGUUGUAACUCUGAAGAGGGGUUACAUUAGUCAUUGUUCUAGGUGCUGUAUUUUCUAAGACCCUUUUCCACACUUUAGUCCCAUUCAGAAACUGCUAGUUGGACACAUUUUAAUGAUUUUUCAGUAAUGGUAACCAUGCAUGUUUCAAGAAUGUUAGAAAGACUCAAGUGUUUAGGAUCCAAGUGUAAGGUUCUCUGUCCAUGGCCAUUUUCCAUAAAAAUGUAUCACUAAUGCAACAUGCAUCAGGCCUUUAUAACUCUGACUGUAUUUGCCCAUUAUGGUAAACCAUUACUAAUGGUUUACUUUGAACAUAAGGGACAGUUCCUGCUACAGACCAAGUAGGAGCGACAAACCACAGUCCCUAGCUUAGCGUUACAUAGAGAGAUUGUGGUUUGUUUCACUUCAAACAAACCAAAAUUGUUGCUGAGAACAAACCUUGGCUUCACAUUGUGGUUUGUUUUGAGUAAGACAAACCAUGAUCUCCAAGUUUACAUGCAGGGACGUGGUUUGUUGCUCCCAUUCAUGUUAUGGGACGAGUGAAGCAGGAGCAAUCUCAGCAUUCACUGUAAAUCAUUAGCUAUGGUUUAUUGCAAUGUGCAGAUUGGGUCUGUAUAAAACUAGGGGUGGAGGGGGGGGAGAAAGAGAAAGGAGUUGCUUACAUCCUAUUCCAGGGAAUAAUUUUGGCCAGACAUCUUGAUGUGUAAAUGAAAUACACAGACUGCACACUGCUAUUUCAACAGCUCAAGAGGCUUAUUCUCAAUUUUCUGCCUGGCUUGCCAAUACUCUGCAAGCCUAUUAGGCAAAGGUUUUCAUGACUGUCACAUGAUUGCCAUCUAAACCUGCAUCUAACUUCAAGCACGGUGACUUGUCUGAGGCCAAUAAGCUUCUUCUUCUAAUAGCCCUUUUUUGUAAUAUCUUACUGUAAAAUAACUCUACAUCAAGGAAAAGAAGUACCACAUCAGAUGGUCACGCAGCAAUAACACUUUAAAAUUGUUUCCAAUUAGAAAGACUGAGCCUCUAGCAGCAUAGAACACUAGUGCAGACACAAGAGGAGGCUUGUAGGACUUAUAGUGUACAGUUACAAACUUUUAAUAUACAUAUUUGAUACAAAAACUUUAGCAAGAAAAUGAUUCAUUUGAUUGUAGAAUACAAUAUUUUUGUACAGCAUGAAGCACUCAGUUAACUUAUCCUGUAGUAUAAGUCAAAUCAAUUGUAUAGGAAUUUCUGUAUGUAAAGGCAACCUACCUUUGGGCUAGCAAUUCAAGUUAUGCAUUUGCUGGCAUGAAUGUAGUCUGACGGACUGUUCUUUAGCUUUAGUAUGUCAGUGACUGAUUACAAGUGUCUGACUCUUCAUACUGCUUUAUAUUUAGUGAUUAAACGCUGAACAAAAUGAAAAGGAGUAAUGAAAGGUUGAAAGUGAGCCAGUAUGAGGACCAAAAGCACAGCUCCUGCUGUACAGUAGAUAGUAGUAACUGUGUUCUCAAAUGGAAGAAAGCACUUAUAGAGAGAGAAGUCUGUUGAUGUUAUGCUGCCCUGAGAAAGAAAUGGAAACAACAUUUUAUAAAGUUAGGGACAAGUGGUUGGGAACCUGCAUGUUUUUAAAUUAUAUUAAUGGUAGAGGUCAGUUCUUCUCAUAGCAUCAGUGCUCUCAAUUGUCCUGUGGAUAAGAGAUGUAUACAGCUUUGAAACUUAUGUUAGAUACUUCACUGUUAAGCACUGAGCUGCCUUGAGACAAUUUUGUGCCAUCUGAAAUAUUUUUGUUCUUCAGAAAGAACACAGCAGCUGCUAUUUGGCUGGGCAAGGGCAGAAUCUUUAAAACAAAAACAUGGCCUGACCUGUUCAGAGUAGGGCCCCACUCAUUUGGCGGGUUACGUUCCAGACCCCCGCUGAAAAGCGAAAACCGCUGAAAAGUGGAACUCAUUGAAUAGAAUGAUGUGCGACGCCCGAAAACCGCCAUAAAGGGGGAACAAGCGCCGUAUGAGUGGGGCUUUAGUCUAAUUGCAUCUAAUUGAGACCGCCACAUUAGCGAAGCACCGUAAAGAGAAGCGCCAUAAAGCGGGGCCCUACUGUAGUAGUUACUGGCUCCAAUCCAACCCAGAGUUAAAUACCUAUUAGCCCAUGGAAAUCAAUGCAAUUAACAGCACUGUGGUAUCCAUGUCUACUCAGAAGUAAAUUCCACUGAGUUCAGUAGGACUAACUUCCAGGUAAUUAUAUAGGAUUGCCUGCUAAAGAUACUUAAGUGUGUUAGACAGCAGCCACUAUGUAGCUGGGGCAACUAAGCAUACAAGUGGAGACCCGUUUAGUUAUAUUCUUAUACUACUGGGGGAGGGGGGUGCUGCUUUGCAGAUAAUCUAGGUCAACAGCCAAAUACUAUCUACACCUCAAAUUGCUGGAAACGUGAUAUUCUGAAGUAAACUGGAUUAUAUGGUAAGUAACUACUCUAAAAAGACAACAUGCUUUUCAAGCAGAAUUGUUUAACACAGUGUUACUUACUGAGGAAGAACUUUAGUCUAUGAACUAAAAAUAACUAAUUUGCUUUCCCCCAUGCACAAGAAGCUGAAAAAGUAAAAUCAGCAUAGAAUUGGGUUUUUGAAGAUAGAAGUAUUUAAAUAUGUUUCAGAACUGUGAAACAUUUUGUGCUUCAGGUUAAUCUACUGAGAGCUGUAAUCUAGUAUACCCAAAGUAAGCAAACUGUGAAUUAGGUUCAUCUGAAUAGAAUUUUGCUGCCCUGUGAGGUAGAUAGUUUGCACUUUUGAAAGACAAAAGAACCAUGCAGAAAAGAUAUAGUCCUGUGGAUAAAUCAGCUAAGCAAAAACAAGUUUUAAUACUGUUUGUUGCGGACUACUGAUGAUUGUUGCAGUCAAAUUGUUUACACUGCAUCCUCUCUAUAGAAACAUACUAAAUAUGCUUGUAUAUAGAAAUUGUUGUAAAACCUACAAACAUACUUUGCACUAUACAAGCAGGAUGGCUCCUUAAGUAUGUGCUUUAUAAAGUGGGUGCUUUGUAUUCAACUUAAGUGUACUUUUGGAGAGGAUGGGAGGAGCUGUUUCGUUUUGCUUUUUUACAGGUAGCAUCAGUCUGAAAAUAUAGCUGAUUGCUAUGUUGAUUUAUAUUAUGAAAAAUGAUCUGACAAAAUAAAAAUUAUUUAAACUUAC